ACCGGUAGUUACUGUGGUCCGUUCGUAAAAACCGCCCCUAUUCGGGCUUGUGGUCCGUCCGUAAAAUCUGUCUGUACUGAAACAAGCGCGUUUAGUUUCGUGCCUCCCCCGUCUCCGUGAGGUAGCAAGUGAAGCAACACGAGCUCGGCAUGGAAGUGGAAUAAGUUGUUGCUUUUUAAAAAAAUCCACACGAACUGUUUGGUUUUUAACAGCAACGACGAAACACUGUCGUAUAUGUUGUUAAAACUGAGACAAGUUCACAGGUGACAGACAAGCAGGUAGCGUAGAAGAAGGAGGAGGAGGAGUGACGCCGAAGCCGAAGUAGAACGAACUGUUCUAGUUUGUCUCCACCAUGGACACGGUUCUGAAAUUCACGAGUCAAAAUCAAGGAAAAGAUCGUGUGUUCAGAGCGGCUCAGUUUGCGUGUGCGCUGUCGACGCAUCUGCUCAGGAGCAACUCCAACAGAAAAGACCUGGUGGCCAAACUCAAGAGUCUGGAGGCCAAUCUGAACGCUGGACGAAAAGUCUUCAGGCUGGGGAACACAGUAAAUUCCAUUGAGGCUGCUAAACGAUCCAUGCAACUCUCUGACCGAGUGCUGAGCCUGUGCCUCACCGCCGCCAACGUCAACCGCGCCCUCUACUUUAUCUGCGACAACGUCCUCUGGGCCAUAAACGCUGGGCUUAUCCGCGGCCUCGACAAGCAGUCGUGGAGCACCAGCGCCUCCCGCUGCUACCUCCUCUCGCUGAUUAUCAGCCUGGCCAGAGACUUUUAUGUCGUGCUGCAGUUAAUGGUGCAGAGAGCCAAAGAUAAGCAGUUCAGACGGGAAAUGAUGCGGCAUCUGAACGAGGGUCCCGAAGUGGCCGAGGCUGUCGUUCCCCAUCUGGACGCUUUGCUGUUCCUGCUGCUGGCGAGCCUUAAAUCACAUCCGGCGGUCGCCCUGGACACGCUGAAAAACAUUUGUGAUCUCUUCAUUCCCUUAGACAAGCUGGGCAUUUACUCGUCGAAUGCAGGAACAGUUGCGUUCUGUGGUCUGGUGUCCUCCAUGAUUGGAAUUAUCACCUACACAAAGCCCAGUUUAAGUAUCAAGCCGUGAUAACGAAGGUGUCGAUAAACUGCAGAGCAGAAGGCAGAAGGUCGACUCUGGUCUGGUCACGAGCGCUAGAGAGGAUUAGUUAAUCUGAUGAGAUUAGACGACGCACUGCGAGCACAUACUGUGACUUUUUAUGUUAGGACACAAAGUCCAAACGUAAGCAAUAAUUGAAUUUGUCUAUGAUUCAGUUUAAAACACUGGUUUUAAAAGGGUUUCUAUGUGUAAGUAAUGCUGUUGAUUUAUUUAUUUAUAUUUAAGAUCAGACACCGGUUAAUCUUGUUGAUUAAGUACUUUAUAAAGUGUCCACUGUCACACUAAAAACUCUAUUUAAUAAACACACAAAUGUCUUCUUACAUUUGUGGCUCCAUUCAGAGAUGAAGUAACACCGCCCUCUUGUGGAAAAAUGACAGAAUACAACGCAACUGGAGAGAGAGAGAGAGAGAAAAAAAGAAGCUUUAAUUUCCAGUUUUACUGAACAUAUACAGUAUACAUUUAUUGUUUCUUUUUCCGAAGCGGAUGACCAUGUGAUAUAAGACACUCGCCGUCGGAAAAUGCAAAAAUAUAUUCCACACUUCCCUUUCACCGUACUUUGAAACAUGCGUGACGAGACUCUGCAGACAUGACAUCCCAUUCAAAGAAAAGAACAAACGCACGCUCAAAGCAAUAAAUAAAUUACUUCUCCUCGUCGGUGGGUUGAUUAGAUUGCAGCAAAAAAAAAAAAAAGUUUUAUUUCACAUUUCAAUGGAGGCAUAGAUUUAUUUCUCUUUUGUUUUCAGUACCAACGUGAAAGAAGCACAUGAUGUAUGAAAUAUGAGGAAUGUGAAAGAAAUGCACGUAAGCAAACAUCGGAUGCAGUUGAGUGAAGUGUUGUCCUGGUUAAAUUGAUCUAAAUUUAAUAAUAAUAAUAAU